AUGGUGUGCAUUCACGACAAUGAAAAUCUCCCUACAAUCCUCAACCUAUUAGAAGCAUCCUAUGCUAGUAAAGAGAGCAGGGUUGCAGUUACAACAUUAUUCCUAGUUGAGCUUCAAGGAAGAGCCAGACCUAUUCUUGUUGCUAACCAAGCCCAUAGUAGCUUAGAUCCAGUCUCAUGCAACUCAAAUCACAUUGACAAUGCCUUGAGGCAAUAUGCACAACAAAAUGAAGGAUAUGUCUCCGUUCAAUCUUUCACUUCAAUCUCCACAUUUGAAACGAUGCAUGAUGAUGUUUGUAGAAUUUCGCUAGAACAUGGAGCCAACAUUUUGAUCUUGCCGUUCCAUAAGAGGUGGGAAAUUGAUGGCACCGUUGACGUUGCACAUAGGUCCAUCCAAACCAUGAACAUUAAUGUCCUUGAAAGGGCACCAUGUUCUGUGGGAAUUCUGGUUGAUAGGGGCAUCCUUAGUGCUUCUCCUUCACUCUUGAUGGCUAAAGCAGCAUACUAUAUUGGUGUGUUCUUCACUGGUGGUGCAGAUGACGAGGAGACACUAGCGUAUUGCACUAGAAUGGUUAGGCAUGAGUGUGUGUAUGUAACUGUGGUUCGGUUCCUUCUAUUUGGUGAGGAAAACUCCAAGGAUAGAAAACAUGACAGUGAUCUUAUAGAUGAAUAUAGACACCACAAUGCUGGAAAUCGUAGGUUUGAGAUUUUGGAUGAAGUUGUGAAAGAUGGGAUAGAUCUUACUACAUGUAUAAGAAGAUUGGUAGAUUAUUUUGAUCUUGUGAUGGUGGGGAGGCAACAUCCUGAUAGUGUAUUGUUUGAAGGACAUGAUAAUUGGAGUGAAUGUCAAGAGCUAGGGGUCAUUGGGGACAUGCUAGCUUCACCAGAUUUUGUAACCAAGGCGUCGGUGUUGGUGGUGCAACAACCGAGAACAAUAGGGAAGUUUGUUAAAUGUAAUGUGAAUAUGAAUCCGGUGCCAAAGGAGAGAGACCAACUAUUUUCACCGUUUAGUUUUUUAUUUCGUCUUCUGUGGGUGGAAAAAUCGAGCUCUGACCGUGAUUCUGCUCCAAUUUGCUGGAAUCCCAAGCAGUUUCGGUAA